AUGCAAAAGGACGCUUCAUACACUGCCCCCACAGGGGGACAGGAGGAGCCUCAGCGGUCAGAGAAAAAGGCGUCGCGAAAAUUCCAGUCGAUCGUGUCCAUUAUUCUGUAUUGCUUCUCUUCCAUUUCAACUACCGUGUUGAACAAGUAUCUGCUUUCCGAUCUCAAUUUCGGGCUUAAUUGCUUUCUUUUGGUCUCCCAGUGUUUUUUCACAAUGUUCCUUUUGUUGUUUUUAAAAGCGCUUGGUGUGGUCAAGUUUAAGCUUAUCAGGCUUCAUGAACUAAUCCAUUGGCUGCCGGUAACCCUUUUACUGUCGGUCAUGGUUUUCACGGGGACCAAAAUCUUGGAGCAUUGCUCGAUUUCUCUUGUCACUGUGUUUAAAAAUUCUUCGAUCCUGCUGGUGGCGUUUGGCGAUUGGUUAUUGUACAGCAAAAGAGUUUCCUUGCUUUCUUUCUUGAGCUUUGUUGCUGUCAUUGUGUCUUCUAUGAUCGGUGUCUAUGGAGAUCCAAAUUGCACAUUCAAGGGCGUUGGAUGGCUAGUAUUGAACGUCCUCUCUUCCGCAUCUUACUUUCUCUCUCUAAAGGGUGUCGCUAGACGUAUUUCUUUUAAAAAUCUUGAUGCCGUUUUUAACAACAAUUUGAUUAUGCUGGCCAUUUUUGCUGUGAUAAGUCCGUUUGCUGAUAAUUGGAAUGUCGUACUGAGGUAA